AUCUCGGCGACCAGGAAACGGGAAAGAUGGCGACUGCUCAGCGACGUUGAGGCCGCGUUGGGCUGUUCAGACUCAGGGGUGCUGGCCAGUACAGGGAUCAAACCCUGGACCUUGGUGUUAUCAUCACAUGCUCUAACCAACUGAGCUAACCGGCCAGCCUUGAGACAAAAGUGUUUCUAUAUGAUAUGCAUGGUGUACUGAUAUAAAACCUUCAGUCAUUUCUUAGAUGGCAGGAGAGCUGGCUGACAAAAAGGACCGUGAUGCAUCACCUUCCAAGGAGGAAAGGAAGCGAUCACGGACUCCUGACAGAGAGCGGGACAGAGACCGGGACCGGAAGUCUUCUCCAUCUAAAGAUAGGAAGCGGCAUCGUUCAAGGGAUAGACGCAGAGGAGGUAGCCGUUCUCGCUCCCGUUCCCGUUCCAAGUCUACAGAAAGAGAACGACGGCACAAAGAACGAGAACGCGAUAAGGAGCGGGAUCGGAAUAAGAAGGACCGAGAUCGAGACAAGGAUGGUCACAGACGGGACAAGGACCGUAAACGAUCCAGCUUAUCUCCUGGCCGAGGAAAAGAUUUUAAAUCUCGGAAGGAUAGAGACUCUAAGAAGGAUGAAGAGGAUGAGCAUGGUGAUAAGAAGCCUAAGGCCCAGCCAUUAUCCCUGGAGGAACUUCUGGCCAAGAAAAAGGCUGAGGAAGAAGCUGAGGCUAAGCCCAAGUUCCUCUCCAAAGCAGAACGAGAAGCUGAAGCUCUAAAACGGCGGCAGCAGGAGGUGGAAGAGCGGCAGAGGAUGCUUGAAGAAGAGAGGAAGAAAAGGAAACAGUUCCAAGACUUGGGCAGGAAGAUGUUGGAAGACCCUCAGGAACGGGAACGUCGGGAACGCAGGGAGAGGAUGGAGCGGGAGACCAAUGGAAAUGAGGAUGAGGAAGGGCGACAGAAGAUCCGGGAAGAGAAGGAUAAGAGCAAGGAACUGCAUGCCAUUAAGGAGCGUUACCUGGGUGGCAUAAAAAAGCGGCGCAGAACGAGGCAUCUCAAUGACCGCAAGUUUGUCUUUGAGUGGGAUGCGUCUGAAGACACUUCCAUUGACUACAACCCCCUGUACAAAGAACGGCACCAGGUGCAGUUGUUGGGGCGGGGCUUCAUUGCAGGCAUUGACCUAAAGCAGCAGAAACGAGAGCAGUCACGUUUCUAUGGAGACCUAAUGGAGAAGAGGCGAACACUGGAAGAAAAGGAGCAGGAGGAGGCAAGACUCCGCAAACUUCGAAAGAAGGAAGCCAAGCAGCGCUGGGAUGAUCGUCAUUGGUCCCAGAAGAAGUUAGAUGAGAUGACUGACAGGGACUGGCGGAUCUUCCGUGAGGACUAUAGCAUCACCACUAAAGGUGGCAAGAUCCCCAAUCCCAUCCGAUCCUGGAAGGACUCAUCUCUGCCCCCACACAUCUUGGAGGUCAUUGAUAAGUGUGGCUACAAGGAACCAACACCUAUCCAGCGUCAGGCAAUUCCCAUUGGGCUACAGAAUCGUGACAUCAUUGGUGUGGCUGAGACUGGCAGUGGCAAGACAGCAGCCUUCCUCAUCCCAUUGCUGGUCUGGAUCACCACGCUUCCCAAAAUUGACAGGAUUGAAGAAUCAGACCAGGGCCCUUAUGCCAUCAUCCUGGCUCCCACCCGUGAGUUGGCACAGCAGAUUGAGGAAGAAACUAUCAAGUUUGGGAAACCCCUGGGUAUCCGCACUGUGGCUGUCAUUGGUGGCAUCUCCAGAGAAGACCAGGGCUUCAGGUUGCGCAUGGGUUGUGAGAUUGUGAUUGCUACCCCGGGACGUCUGAUUGAUGUGCUGGAGAACCGCUACCUGGUGCUGAGCCGCUGUACCUAUGUGGUUCUGGAUGAGGCAGAUAGGAUGAUUGACAUGGGCUUUGAGCCAGAUGUCCAGAAGAUCCUGGAGCACAUGCCUGUCAGCAAUCAGAAGCCAGAUACUGAUGAGGCUGAGGACCCUGAGAAGAUGUUGGCUAACUUUGAGUCAGGAAAACAUAAGUACCGCCAAACAGUCAUGUUCACGGCCACCAUGCCCCCAGCAGUGGAGCGUCUGGCAAGGAGCUAUCUUCGGCGACCUGCUGUGGUGUACAUUGGCUCUGCAGGCAAGCCCCAUGAACGUGUGGAACAGAAGGUCUUCCUCAUGUCAGAGUCAGAAAAGAGGAAAAAGCUGCUGGCAAUCUUGGAGCAAGGCUUUGAUCCACCCAUCAUCAUUUUUGUCAACCAGAAGAAGGGUUGCGAUGUUUUGGCCAAAUCCCUGGAGAAGAUGGGGUACAAUGCUUGUACACUGCAUGGUGGAAAAGGCCAGGAGCAGCGAGAGUUUGCACUAUCCAACCUCAAGGCUGGGGCCAAGGAUAUUUUGGUGGCUACGGAUGUGGCUGGUCGUGGUAUCGACAUCCAAGAUGUUUCUAUGGUUGUCAACUAUGAUAUGGCCAAAAAUAUUGAAGAUUACAUCCAUCGCAUUGGCCGCACGGGACGAGCAGGCAAGAGUGGUGUGGCUAUCACCUUCCUCACCAAAGAGGACUCUGCUGUGUUCUAUGAGCUGAAGCAAGCCAUCCUGGAAAGCCCAGUGUCUUCCUGCCCCCCCGAGCUAGCCAACCACCCAGAUGCCCAGCACAAGCCAGGCACCAUCCUCACCAAGAAGCGCCGGGAAGAGACCAUCUUUGCUUGACACAGCACUCUUCCCAUGGGUUUGAGGGUAUGCUCUGAAGCUCCCUGAUGCCUGUUCUUCAGGACCCUCAUAUCCCUCUUUCCAGGUCCUCACUCUUGGGUUAUUGGGGCUUAGGAAACAAACUCCCUGGCCUAAACCCUCAGGUCUGGAGGCCUGAGUGUGGAGCUGCAAAAGGGACAGGAAGAUGCCAUAGGAGGCAGAGGGAGCAAAUUACCACAAAUUUGGGUGCAGCACUGCCCCUCUAGGGGCUUUGGGAUUGCACUGGGCCAUCAGCUCUUGCCAGGUUAUGGGGCAGCCAGUUGGCAUUACCCCCCCAGCUGAACAGAAACCUGGCUGCUUGGAUGGGAUCUCCUUCAGCACAGACUUGACUAUGUAGCUGUAAAAUGCAGCAGCAUCAUUGCCCUAGAUAACCUGCACCAUGAGGAUUAUGGACCUUGGACUCUUAAUUGUCAUUUUGACAGCCAUUUUCUCAUCUGGAUUAUAAAACAAGUUGAGAGCCUUUAGAGCUGUGUACGGCCCCAUGCCAGGGGGUGCUGUGCACUCUAGGCAUCCCUUCCCCUGGGAAUUUUUUUAGUAGAUGUGGGGACAGGGUGACGCUGGCUGUGUCCAUCUUUAAGUCACUGAGUAAAAUUUCUGUUUUCUAUUCUCUGAGAAGAUGGGUUUGUAUGUUCUGAGAAUAAAUACAUGAAACUAA